AUGGGGAAUGUCCAUUUCAAGAGUGAAAAGAUGGGCACAAGCUGGAGGUCUUCACAAUGGUUCAUCCUAGUGACGAUCGCGAUCGCCUUAUUCUCGGAAACCUUCAUCUAUGGCUUCCUCGUGCCCUUGUUCCCAUACAUGCUUCGAGAGCGACUACACUUGGACCAAGCCAGAAUCCAGGAACUGACCUCACUUGUCCUCGCCGUACAUGGAAUCGUCUCGGUUGUGUCGGGUCCCAUCAUCGGCCACUUCGCUGACAAAAUCUCGAAUCGAAAACUCCCACUACUCUUUUCGCUUUUCGCCUGCAUCUUCGGUACUGGCAUGGUCGCUGGCGCGACUUCACUUUCGGUGCUUUUUACCGGCCGUGUGAUGCAAGGCAUUGCUGGAUCCUCGGUCUGGAUUAUCGGCCUCGCAACCGUGGCUGGCACUGUGGGAGGAGACAAUAUGGGCAAAGUUGAGGGCAUUAUGAUGUCGUUUCUAUACGGUGGACUGAUAGGUGGGCCGUGUAUUGCUGGUUGGCUUUUGGAGUAUGUUGGCUAUUGGCCGACGUGGUCGGUGCCGCUCUUGCUUCUUGUUUUCGACUUCAUCGCCCGUCUUGCCAUGAUUGAAAAUCGUGCGGUGCAAAAUUUUAGCAGUGAGUCAGAAACACCAUCGAAAGUGGACGGUGCCACGAGGCCGUUGCUAUCUCCACGCGAGGUUACUCCCACAAGCUACCCCGCGGAGAACUUCUGGCGCAUUAUACUUACGGAUGUUCGGGCGUUGAUUGCUAUCUUCGUUGCCAUUUCGGCAAACACGGUUGGCACCAGUUUUCAUGCUACCCUCCCUCUUCAUGUACAGGAAAUAUUUGGCUGGGGUUCCGGAAAAAGCGGCUCCUUGUUCGCUUGUCUCAUUAUGCCGACUCUUGUAGUUAGUCCAGUGGCCGGAUGGCUACGAGAUUGUUUCGGAGUCCGGUACCCUGCCAGCAUAUCCGCUGUUUUCCAAGCCGCGAUGCUCGGGAUAUUGGGCCUUGCGGGUACUGAUCUUCUCCCUUGGACGAGUGCUCAAUCUGGAGGGGGAGCCUUGUACACGGGGUGCAUUCUUGCCAUUGGUGCGGCGCGACCAUUUACGGCGAAUGUAGGCCCUGUCGAACUUUCUUCCAUUGUCAGAGAAUAUCAAGAGAAAUCACCUGGUAUAUUUGGACCUGAAGGGGGCAUGUCUCGAGUGUUCUCGCUUGACGACGUUGCUGCAUCGCUUGGCACCGUUUUAGGCCCGAUAAUUGGCGGCUUCCUCACGCAGCAUAGCGGGUAUACCUUUAUGUGCUGCACUUGGAGCGCCUUAUAUAUUGUCCUUGCUACUCUUGUGAUGUGCUUCCUUGGCAUAGACCAUGCCUCCGAGUCGGACAUCCAGGAUGAAGUAGCGUAG